AUGAGUAAAGAUACAGAAAUAUAUAAAAUAGAUGAUGCAAGUGAAGAAAAAACUUUUGAAGAAGGCAAAGAUGAAUCAAGGUUACAAAUUGUUUUUAGAUUUAUAAAAUCAUUCAAUUUAAAACUAGGUGCAAAUAUUAACAAGGCCCCAAUACCAGUAUCAUUUUUAUCACCAAAAUCAACCAUAUAUAAUUAUCUAGAAGGUUACUAUUCAAACUUUGAUAUAUUGUUAAACCUAAAUAAUAUAGAAGAUAGUUUAGAAAGAUCAAUACAAGUAUAUCGUUGGAUUUUAUCUUCAUUUUCUCAUACUUCUGUGUUUGGAAAACCAGUAGUACCAAUUUUAGGUGAAACAUUGAUGGGAAAUUUCCACUGCAAGGAUGAAAAUGGGCAAAUAGAGACUGAAAAUUACUACUGCACAGAAUGUAUAUCUGAAGAAACUGAAACUGCAACAGGAUGUAUUUAUAAUAAAAAGCAUGGUAUUAAAGUCAACUAUUUAUAUACAGUAAACUAUUAUUUUAUGGGUACAAAUAUUAAGGUAGAACUUGUUGGUUAUCUCAAAGUUAAAAUAGACAAGUACAAUGAAACUUACAGCUGCCCUCCACCACUCCUAUGUGCCCGUUUCUUAAGAGGUUUUAGUGAAAUAGUUGGAGAAACUACAAUCACAUCAGAUAAAUCAAAAUAUAAAUUGCAAUUAAAAUAUUUUGAAAAACCCCUAUUUGGUGGUGAUUAUGAUAAGGCAGAAGUUCAAGUUAUUGACACGGAAACAAAUCAAGCCACCCAUUUAAUACAAGGAAAAUGGAGCAACGAUUUUAAAAUUCAAGAUUUAAAAACUAAAGAAACAAAACCAUUAUUCCAAAGACCUGCUGCCACAAGUAUAGUCCAGUUAAACCAAGAUAAAGAAUUGCCAAGUGAUUCAAGCAAUAUUUGGAAGGAUUUUACAGAUGCACAUAAUGAAGGCAAUAAUAGUAAAAAAUUCAAUGAAAAAAAAAAAUUGGAAAAACAACAAAAACAAUUAUUGGAUGAUAGAAAGAAAAAUAACAUUGUAUGGGAACCUAAACAUUUUGUUCAAAAUAAAGAAAAGGAAUGGGAUUUAGUAAACUAUUAA